UGGUUUUGGGGAAAGCUAAAAAUAGCCGUCGCUGUCCCUGAAAAAAUGGUGGUGGUUCCAUGCCGUAACCAGCCCCUCCAUUUGUUUCUCGGCUCGCCCGCCGGUUUCCCCUGAAACGAAGCAACAGAAAACAAUGGAGGGACAGCGCGUCCGCCAUGUGUAACCGAUGCGAUGCUUUGUUUGAUUGCAAUGCAAAGGUGCGUGUGAAAGGAGGCAGAGUGGGUAGCGGCGGCGGCGCCCUGCGUGUGUAAAGAUUUGGGGGCUUUGCGUGAUUCUCUCCCAGGUUUCUUCUUGAUUCAGGUAGGCAGGCAGGCAGUUUUCCAGAGGCUGUUUCUUGCGAUUUUGGGAGGAGAACAUUUGAUCCGAGUGUUGGUCCCAGGUCAAAGUGGGAGCCAGAGAUUUUGUCUCUUGAUGCUUUAGAGGCGUUGUUUCUCCAGUUCUGAUGGAAGCCAAGGGCGCGGGCGAGCGGGAUGCUCUGAUUGACCUGGAGAGUGGGAACAGCGUUGUUAUCAGCGAGCAUGGCCAUGGAAUGGAUGCUAAUUUUGCGGUGAGCCCACCCAGAACACCGCCAAAUGGCGGGCUGAAUCGCGUCAUGCACACCAAGGAUGACGGGAAUCAGCACAUGGAUUGUUCCUCGCCCGCCAUGGAAACCGCUUCCAAGAAUGGAGAUGACAGGAAGUCCGAAGGGGAGGAGAAGCUGGGCCUUCUGGACAGUUCUGGAGGUGAGAAGGCAAAGAAGAAGCGGUCCAGCUCCAAGAAGCCCCCGCGGCCACCGAGGCCGCCGACGCAUUUGCCGUUGGAUGCUUCUGACCAGAAGCUCCUCAACGAGCUGAAUGAGCUUGCUUUGUUGAAGCGGGCAAGGAUUGAGCGGAUGAAGGCUUUGAAGAAGAUGAAGAAUGGCAAACAGGGUUCCUCAAAUAGCAAUUUUUGUCCCAUGAUCAUCACCAUUAUCUUCUGCCUCGUCAUACUCUGGCAAGGGUUUUGCUCCAGGCAAGCAUCUGGAGUAAGCUUCCACGGAUCACCUGAAUCUUCAGUUAGAGAGCAUAGCAGCCUGAUCUCCAUCCGGUUCUACAAGAAGAACCAUUCUAACGUCAGACCUCACGGUUCCACCUCCGCGGCUCCCAACAACUACGAGACGCACCACCGGGGCUGGAGAUCCGUCCCGAGGGGGGAACGGCCGCGGCACGAGCACGUCGGCCGGGCAUGACCGCCGGCCGUGCCAAGGCCCCCGCCGACACGCCCUCCCGCUCGCCGCCAUUUUGAAAGCUCCCCCACGACAGGCUGGCCGAUGUAAAUCCGAGGCUUUGUUUAGCGCCCCUCGAGGAGGCCUCGCUGUAAAUGAACCUUCUCUAGCGUGUGUUGCGCGCUCCCCCGGGUUCCACGCUGCUAACCAACCGGUGGAGUGGACUUCCCGGCGGCCAUGGCGGCACCUGGUAAGUCAGUCCCGAGCGCAAGCUGUAUGAUGACGGUGAUGGUUUCAAUCAAUCAAUAAUACUAAUAAGGCUUGCUAGUUGGUGGUGAUGAUAAUAGUAGUCUAAUCUGAUCUGGUCCUGAACUGAAGCCAGUGUGGCUCACACUGUUGACUGUUGAGGGUUGAGAGAGUGUCACUGGCUCUGGGGUCUGGGCGGUGGCGCUGGGCGGUGUAGAUCCCUACGCUGUACGUGUACAGCACGGCGGUUGCAUUUGUUAUUUGUGUACAAUUUCAAUAAUGGAAUGUCAAUGAUGAUGGUUAAGCAAGCAA